UUUUCUUUCUUCUUAUUUCUCUCAUUCUUCUCCUAAAACUCUUGGGACUCCCUUUCUUUUUUCCCUUUCCCUCAACUUCAAAGAGCUAUAUCUAUUGCUUGAAACAGUAAGAGGUAUAUAGAGAUAGAGAAGAGAAGAGAGAUAGGUGUGGUGUUCAUGAUGAUCAGUGAAAGUUAGGCUAAACCCACUUUCUAUUUAUGUAUAAUUAGGUCAAUCACAUCACCAAUCUAACUUCUUUCCUCCUCCAAUUCUCCUCCUCUCCUUCCAAUUUUUAGGGUUUUGCUUCUCUUUUCUCAAUUCCAAAGUCAUCACCCCUCAAGAAGCUGUGAAUUCAUCUUUCAUUAUUCCCAUUUCUUGGAGAGAUCUGAAUUCCAAAGAUGAUGACGGAUUUGUCUCUCUCAAGAGAUGGAGAGGAAGAAGAAGAAGAAGAUGUGGAGAAGAAGCCUUCACAAGAAGAAGAAGAAGAAGCAGGAGCUAGAGAAGUGGCAGAGAGAGAGCACAUGUUCGACAAAGUGGUGACUCCAAGUGAUGUUGGGAAACUAAACAGACUCGUGAUCCCAAAGCAACACGCAGAGAGAUUCUUCCCUCUAGAUUCAUCCUCAAACGAGAAAGGUUUGCUUUUAAACUUUGAAGAUCUCACAGGAAAAUCUUGGAGGUUCCGUUACUCUUACUGGAACAGUAGUCAAAGCUAUGUCAUGACCAAAGGUUGGAGCAGAUUCGUUAAAGACAAAAAGCUUGACGCCGGAGAUAUUGUCUCUUUCCAAAGAUGUGUCGGAGACUCAGGAAGAGAUAGUCGUUUGUUUAUUGAUUGGAGGAGACGACCUAAAGUCCCUGACCAUCCUCACUUCUCCGCCGGAGCUAUGUUCCCUAGGUUUUACAGUUUCCCUUCUACGAGUUACAACCUCUAUAACCAUCAGCAGCUGCAACGUCAUCAUCACGGCGGUGGUUAUAACUAUCAUCAGAUUCCGAGAGAGUUUGGCUAUGGCUAUUUCGUUAGGUCAGUGGACCAGAGGAUGAAUAAUUCUGCGGCGGUGGUGGCUGAUCCGUUAGUGAUCGAGUCUGUGCCGGUGAUGCUUAACGGAGGAGCUAGUCAGGGGCUUGUUGGAACUGCCGGGAAGAGACUGAGGCUUUUCGGAGUUGAUAUGGAAUGUGGCGAGAGUGGAAUCACCAACAGCACGGAGGAGGAAUCCUCAUCUUCCGGUGGGAGUUUGCCACGUGGCGGCGGCGGUGCUUCUUCAUCUUCCUCUUUGUUUCAGCUGAGACUUGGAAGCCACAGUGAAGAUGAUCACUUGAUCUCUAAGAAAGGAAAGUCCUCGUUGUCUUUUGAUUUGGAUCAAUAAUGAUGAUUAUGAUA